AUGGCAUUCAUAGCACCGAUACUCUUCUCCCUGGGCCUUUCGUACUCGGUGAUGUCAAUGAUAUGGGCACUACCACCGACAGUAGGCAUGCUGUUUAUUCCCGUCAUAGGAUCGGUGAGCGAUCGUUGCCGGUUGUCCUGGGGUCGCCGACGUCCCGUGCUGCUUGCACUUGGGAUCGCCGUCCUGAUGGCCAUGAUGCUGAUACCUUGCGGUGGAUUGAUCGCGCAAACCCUCGGACUAGAUCAUCUCGUUUUUAUGGUGACACUUAUCGCUCUCGGAAUAACGGUGACUGAUAGUGGUGUUGGAGCGGCCACCGCUCUCUGUCAAACGUAUGCCCUGGAGGUUUGCGCAAUACCGGACCAUGCUCGUGUUCUUAAUAUGAUGAUAUUUUUGAAGGGUGUAGGCACAAUACUCGGAUCGUCGAUCGGUGCUAUCGAUUGGAAUGCGCUUCCGUUGGGAAUAGGCUCGGUAAACAACGAGACCAUCGUGUUCUUGACGACCUGGAUCGUAUUUGUGGUGUGUUUGGUUAGCACGUUGACCAGCUACAGGGAAAUUCCAUUACCAGUCAUGGAGAAGGAUGCCAUGUUGCGGCCAGUGACGCACCACGAGAUAGAUAUCCAUCUGAACCGACAACAACAAGUGGAUUGUCCUUUGAUACCGAUCGAGGAAACAGUCUCGGAACAACUUCAAUGUCGUCAGUUGAUCCACAGCAUCAUCCACAUGCCGCUGGCAAUGAAGAAAGUCUACAUUACGGCUAUGCUGUCAUCAAUGAGCAACAUGAUCUUCCAGCUGUUCCUUUCCGACUUUGUUGCUACAAAAGUGUUCCACGGGGAUGUGAAGGCGCCUAAAGAAUCGGAAGAGUUUCAGAUGUAUGAGGCCGGAGUACGUUAUCGUUGCAUGGGAAUGAUGCUGCAAGCGACGUCUGUCGCACUGUUCUCAUUGGUGAGCAAACGGCUGAUGGAUCGUUUCGGUAUUCGCAGAAUGUCCAGUAUCACCAAUCCCAUUCCAUACCUGCUGUUAUCACAUUACCACUCUAAGAAUGCGUUGAUUCUUGGCUUGGUACUCGGAAGCAUUGUCGAUGCAGUAGGAACAUGCACGGUAACACUCUUCAUAGCAGGUGGUUGUGCCUUUCUUGCGGCCAUCUCUGCCAGCACCAUUAUGUACCUGGACCUUUGA